UGUUGUGUUAAUAUACAAUGUAAAAUUGUUAUUUCUUGUGAAACUUAAAAUGCUUGAUUCCAUUAUAGGACAAUGUGGACAUCAAGGCGAUUCUCAACUCAUUUAGACAGGACAACUUGGAGACAGGCAGCACCUUCACUGUGAUUGCCAGGAGGAGAUAUGUCCUGAGAAGUGCCUGUGCUGCACUCUCCAAGACGUACUUUGGCUGGCACAAAGAGCCCUCGGUUGAAUUUGUCUCUGAGAUGGCAGCCGACUACGGCGGGCCUAGGAGGGAGUUUUUUAGGUGAGCAAUAACUAUUGAUUUUACCAUGUGCCUUGGUUAGUUUCCUGAAUCCUGUUCCUUGUCAUUUGGUCAUUUUGCAUGUUUGUCACAAUCUGUUCCUGUAAAGUUUUGUCUGGAUUCACAAGCUAAAUUUGACCUGCACUUGGUUCCUAUCUGCCAGAUCGUGUCAAUCACCUUAUCAUGUAUGCUAUUCGAAACAAAUUUCCCUUAACAUUUUGUGACAGGUUGCUGAUGCUCGAGGUCCAGAGCUCCCUGGGGAUCUUUGAGGGAAGGCCUGGAGAGCUUUUUUUUUCAUACGAUCUGCAAGCCCUGGACCAGAAUAAGUUCUAUACAGCGGGAAAACUUACGGCCUGGUCCAUUAUCCACAAUGGACCAGGCCUCCGUUGUCUCAAUAAUUCCCUGUUUGCACUCAUGUGCAACCAGGAGGUGGACCUCACAAAUUUGGACCUUGGGCUUCUCCCAAUUGAGAGUGAUGACCAGAGCAAGAUAGACCAGAUUAAGACCUGCAGCACAGAGGAGGACCUGGAGACCCUAAAACAGGUGUGUGGGGACUGGAUUGCUGGCUGUGGUGUACCAACAGUCUACACGGCCAACCUCCAGGAUCUCCCACGAGUCCUUAACCGAGUUGUGGCGCAUUUCAUUUUUCAUCGAGUCGCAAGCAUGAUCCAGCAAUUUACUGCUGGCAUGAAUUCUUGUGGCCGAUUCUGGGACCUGGUCAAGUCCUACUGGAGGCAGUUUGUUCCGGUCUUCACCCACACUGGGGAAAAACUCACCCGGCACAAACUGCUGUCGCUUUUUAUCAAAGCAAGGAGCGAGGAAGGAAGCAACAGGUGGGAGAUGGAGGAAAGCACCCUCUACCUAUUUGAGGACUGGCUGUUGGCCAUUGAAGGUGCGUGGUAUUGUAAAAUUCUGAAUUACUUUUUGGCAUUGUAAUUCAUCAUUCCAUUGACAGACUAUGCCUAUUAGUCUGGGUCUGAUGCUUUCCUGACUUUGAUCUUGACUCUUCUUGACAAUUUGCGUUUAAAUGAGGAGAGGAUUAGUUGCCAGAGGUUUGUAAUAGUAGUAAUUAGUCUUUGAGGAGGAGCG